AUGACAGAGAACGUCUUUCUCGCCGGAGUCUUCGUAUUCGGAGCAGUGUCGCUGGGAAGUGGCUUUGUCACAAAUAAGAUUGUUUUCUUAGUAUUUCGAGCCAUCGUAGGAAUAGCUGCCUCCUUGACGAUUCCAUCGGCACUGAGACUCGUCGUCUUACUGUUUCCUGAUCCUAGUUCCCAGGCCAGAGCAAUCGCAGGUUUCAGUUGCAGCGUGGCAGUGGGUAAUCUUCUCGGUCUCGUCCUUGGCGCAGUCUUCGUGCAACUGGCGUCUUAUCGGUGGAUAUUUUAUUUUGAAGCUAUGAUUUCCCUCCCAAUAGCCCUCCUAUGUAUGUUCCUUGUUCCGAGUGGUCUUGACAUGGGAGUUGGUCACAUUCGCCAGUCAAAGAGGAAUUUGGAUUGGGUAGGGAUUGCUCUUUUGACGAGCGAGUCUUCCUCGUCUGGAUGGCGUUCGGUGAUAGUAAUACUCCCCCUCUGUCUCGUUCCCGUCAUUGCCGUCGUGUUUGUCCUAUGGGAACGUAGAAUUCCAUCCCAAAAUGCCGCUAUUCCCUCUAGUGUAUGGUCACAUCCAAAUGUGCCGAUAUUAUGCGGCGUCUCACUUAUGCCUAUGCUUUGGUGGACGGUUGUAUUCUAUGUCUUUGGGACGCUCUGGCAAGAGGUCUACUUCUGGAGUGCUUUGCGCUCGGCUGUUCACCUUCUACCAAUUGGUAUUGGGGGUGUUCUGGUGAUGAUGUCGGCCGACCGGUUCAGCCACUAUUUACAUCCUAAAUGGGUGAUAUCUAUCGGCUACCUAUUCCUGCUCAUCGCAACAGCCCUCCUUGCCUUCGCGGAUCGGGCUGAACGAUACUGGAGCUUCGCGUUUCCGGCCUUCUGUGUCGGAACAGCAGGUGCCGGUACUAUCCUCAUCCAAACCAAGUGCGUUGCGAAUAACUAUUGGUCUGGAGCUUACCCUCUGAUUAUCGACUCGUAUAGCAUCGCUAUCCUACGUUGUACGCCCCCUGCUGUGUCGGGCACCGUGGGUGCGAUCUGGAACACAGCGCUGCAGCUCGGAUCCGCCGUAGGGAUAUCUGCAGUCACAGCACUGCAGUCCAAUAUAGAUGAAGCGCAUCAAGGCCCCCUGGGGUUCCGAGGGAGGGCGGAUGGAUUCUGGCUAUUGUUUGCUCUCGCAGGCGUUGCGACCCUCGUGUUACUGCUAUUCUACCGCACCGAUGAACAAACUGAAGAUCGAAUUUCUAUCAUGCCUAGCGUAGAGGAAGCAGAAACGAAGGAAAUACCGUAG